AUACCUUAGAAAGAUCUCAUCGGUUUGGUUUUGUGUUGAUAAAAGGGCAGUGGGUCAACCGAGGGUGGAAGACAUUUUACUUAUAACACCAAUGUAACAGUGCAGAAAUACUCUGUCCUGUAAAAUACUUCAAUAUACAUAUUGACUUAUUGACUAUAUUUUGUAUUAAUAAUGUUAAACUUCAAAAUAACCAGUAAUUGAAGCUAUCAAAUAAACACAGUGCAAUUAAAAGUACAGUAUGUCCUCAAAGCAGAAUAAAAUACUGAAUACUAAAAUAAAUUACAAGUAGCUAAAAACUCUAAAAGUAAAAAGUAUGUUAUUUGAGUGCAUGUUCUUAGCUACUUUCCAAUAGUUGGGUCAGUGGCUACUUAGGCAUUUUACUUGAAACAUUUAUUUGCUUUAAAAUAAAAGCUGCACUAAUAUCCCAUGAUAUUAUACCAUCCUGGUAUGAAUAUGCGGUAGAUUAAAGAAGGUCAUGUUUGUCAAGAUGUUGUUAGCUGGCCUAUCUUGACAGAAUGAACCACCUCAGUUGACCUCAUUCAUUUGUAAACUCAUUUGGAAGUCCACUUUGAUAAAUAUUCACUGUGAGUUAGUAGCAAAGAUAAUAAAGAUGGUGUUUAUUUGAACUACUUCAUAUACUGUUGGUUAGCUGAAUCCAUAAUAAUCUAUGGCCUAAUAUUUUUUUAGUUGAUAUAUAUUUUGUAUGAAUAGUCCAGUAAAUGUAGUGGAGUCAAAAGUAUGCUAUUAACUUUAAAAAUGUAGAAACAUGUUGUGGAGUAGGAGUAGAAGUAGGACUAUAAAGUAGCAUAAAAUCAAAAUACUCACGUAAGGUACCUCCAAACAGUAUUUAAGUAUAGUACUCGAAUAAACACAUUAGUUACAUUUUAGUACUGCUUCUAGGUUAUGUUGUAUAGAGAGAACUGGGAAUAUCUCUGUGGUAGAGAUUUUGCAGACUACUCUUUGUCAUUAUAUGAAAAGGCAGAAAUGUUGUAAUGAUUGUAUAAUUGUAAAAUUUAACAGCUGUAGAUGCUGAUUUGACUGGCUAAAGUCUGUAAGGUUAUAAAGUAACUCCAGAAUUUUUUCUAGACAACUUUUUGAAUGAGAAGAGUUUGUCUGUAGUGUAAGAACCACAUAUAAAUUUUUCUGAUAACCACUGGAUUAACCAUUGGAAUAUUAAACUCAAAUAUUAGGCUAUUGUAAUUCCCAUGACAUAUAUAACCUCAUAUAACCCCAGUCAAAGUUUAAAGUGGAGUUGUUGUGAUUUGACUUUACCUUUCUGUGUGUGUUUUAAGGGAAGAAUUACACCGUUUUACAUAUGAAAAGACUGAGCUUAUUUAAAUUCUGUGCAUGGUUUUGAGCGAUCGGUCCAGUGCAGUGGACUUGUUCUGCCAUUAACAACUUCAUGCAGUUUGACACAGCAUGUCUUAUGAGUUUCCUAGUUCUCGCAAAAUACAUCAGGUACUAUCAAAGGGGGCAAUUUUCAAGCCAGAAAGUACAUAAGUACGUCAUCUUUAGCCAUACUAUCAGAGACAUCUUCAACUAACAGUAUGGAAUUCCCUGAUGAAGAGAAAGGAGAUGCUCAACUUGAGAAAAGUGUUGUGGAGUCUAUGGCACACAAGCAGACAGAUAAUGAAGAUCGUGCUUCUCUAGGAAAGGAAGACAUAGAAGAGAAGUUUGCUGACGUACCUCUUGCUCCGGCUCAUUCUCUCUGGACCACUGAUGCUAAAGGCGCAGUGAGACUGAGAAUAGAAGAGGGAUGUCCAGAGGAACCUAUCACAGUUCACCAAAUGUUCAAAACCUCAGUAGAAAAAUACGGACACAUGUACGCCCUUGCCAGCAAGAAGAACAACAAAUGGGAGAAGAUAACCUUCUUAGAGUAUUAUCAGUUCUGCCGGAGAGCAGCCAAGAGCUUUAUAAAGCUUGGUUUAGAGCGAUUCCAUGGAGUGGCAAUACUAGGAUUCAAUUCAGCCGAAUGGUUCUUCUCUGCAGUCGGUGCCAUCAUGGCAGGGGGUAUAAUGACAGGAAUUUAUGCCACAAACUCACCAGAAGCUUGUCAGUAUGUGAUUAGUGACUCUAAAGCCAACAUUAUUGUGGUGGAAAACCAAAAGCAACUGGAUAAAAUCCUGCAGAUACGUGACAGAUUGCCCAGUUUGAAAGCCAUAGUGCAGUACAGUGGAGAACCUCAGCAGAAAAUCUCCAACCUUUACUCCUGGGAGGCGUUCAUGGAGCAGGGUCUGGAUGUUUCUGAGAAAGAAGUGGAUGACAUCAUCAGCAGCCAGAGAGCAAACCAAUGCUGCGUUCUGAUCUACACCUCUGGCAGCACAGGGAAACCCAAGGGAGUCAUGCUCAGUCAUGACAAUAUUACAUGGACUGCCGGACAUGCCAGCAGGGCCGGAGACCUGCAGCCGGCUGACACAAGACAGGAGUCACUGGUCAGCUACCUGCCUCUCAGCCACAUCGCUGCUCAGAUCUAUGAUCUCUGGACAGGCAUCCAGUGGGGUGAGCUGGUAUACUUUGCACAGCCAGAUGCCUUAAAGGGAAGCCUGAUAACAACACUUCGAGAAGUGUGUCCCACAUCUCACAUGGGAGUCCCGCGGGUAUGGGAGAAGAUGAUGGAGAAGAUAAAACAGGGAAUUAGUGAGUGUGGAUAUGUGAAAAAGAAACUGGUGACAUGGGCGAUGUCAGUCAGUCUGGACGCCAAUCAGAAAUAUAAGCAAAAGGAUGAUGAAAAACCAUUCUUUUUUUCCCUGGCUGACAGCCUGGUGUUACAGAAGCUUCGGGCUGAGCUUGGCCUGUCUUGCUGUCGGAAGUUCUUCUCUGGAUCGGCACCAAUCAGCAGUGAAACAGUACAGUUUUUCUUGGGCCUGAAUAUCUGGUUGUACGAGGCAUAUGGCAUGAGUGAGAGUACAGGACCUCAUUUUAUGUCAGGUCCCAAAGCUUACAAACUACCAAGCUGUGGUAAGGUGGUGCCUGGCUGCCGAUACAAAAUGGCCAACAUAGACUCUGAGGGAACAGGUGAAAUUUGCUUUUGGGGACGUAACGUUUUCAUGGGUUUCCUCAAUAUGGAAGACAAAACAAGAGAAGCUCUGGAUAAAGAUGGAUGGCUGCAUUCUGGAGACCUGGGGAAGGUAGACGAAGAGGGCUUCUUGUAUAUCACAGGGAGAAUUAAAGAGCUGAUCAUCACGGCUGGAGGAGAGAACAUUCCCCCUGUUCCCAUCGAGGAGGCAGUGAAGAAGGAGCUGCCCAUCAUUAGCAGUGCCAUGCUCAUAGGGGAUAAGAGGAAAUUCUUGUCAAUGCUUUUGACCCUAAAGUGUUGUAGUGAUACAGAAACCAUGGAGCCAACAGAGGAGCUGAGUAAAGAGGCUGUGGAGUUUUGCCAGCAGGUUGGCAGCCAAGCAACUAAAGUGUCUGACAUCAUUGGGAGAAAAGACAAACAGGUGUACCGGGCGAUUCAAGAAGGAAUUAACAGAGUCAACGCUGCAGCCACCUCUAAUGCCCAGCGCAUACAGAAGUGGACAAUCCUCAGGAAGGACUUCUCUGUUUCUGGAGGAGAGCUGGGUUCCACUAUGAAGCUUCGACGCCCUGUUGUGUUGGAGAUGUACCACAAGGUCAUAGACAACCUCUAUAAGGAAUAGUGUUGAGUUCCUAGAGAAAUGACUGUAACUGUUGUAUUGUAACUGUAGUAUGAAAAUCACGUGACACUUGCAAUUCUGAUCAUUCUCGUGGAUAUUCAGAAUUAUAUCUAUGUCUUGUGUGCAUAGAAUGCAUAAAUAACCCGAAGACCCAUAUUUAAUUUUACCAUUUCUAAGACGAAACCAAGUUUAAGUUUUGAAUAGUGAGUAAUAAUUGCUAUUACAACACAGAGAAGUCAC